CGAGCACGAAACGUUACGUUAGUUCGUCGUAAAUUGAGUUACGUCUCGUCGUAUCUGUCGUGCUACGGCUCGGACAUCGUAUCGUGCAGCCCCCUGUGUAUGUAUGUGUGUGUCAAUGAUUCGUUAUUAACGGUGCAGUUCGGCCUGAUACAUCAGAAGAUAAAUUAUGAUGGUCUGAUCGCGGUUCCAACAUGACUGUGGAUUUCGCCGACUACUUUUGGGGCGAAAAGAAUAAUGGAUUUGACGUGUUAUAUCAUAACAUGAAGCAUGGUGCAGUUGCAAGCAAGGAGUUGGCUGAGUUUCUAAAAGAACGAUCGACCAUAGAAGAGAACAAUUACAAGGUCCUGAGUAAGCUGGCCAAGCAAGCUGGCAAUAGCAGUAGUACUCAAGGAACUUUUGCACCUGUUUGGGCUGCCUUAAGAGGUGCAGCAGAAAAACUUGCAGGCUUGCACUUGCAAAUGGCCCAAAAGGUCACUGAACUAAUAAAAGAUGUAUCAAAAUAUACAGAUGAAUUGCAUAAGAAACACAAGGCUGUAAAAGAAGAAGAAUCAUCUACCUUGGAAAUUGUACAAAGUAUACAGAGUAUCACUGUGACAUUACAUAAGGCAAAAGAUAUGCGCAUGCAAAAAAAUCUUGAAUUGGAUAAAUUGAAGAAAGACAAUGCCAGCCAAAAAGAAUUGGAAAAAGCAGAAAUAAAGUUCAAAAGAGCACAGGAUGAUUAUAAGACUUUGGUUGAUAAAUACAUGAUUAUAAGAAACGUUUUUCAAACCAAAAUGACUCAGGCAUGCAGGGAGACACAUUUAAAACAUAUGAAGGAAUUUUUAAAUAUCUAUGCAGAUGUUUUACAAUCAAAUCAUGAACAAGUUGGCCAAGUUCAUAUUGACUUUAAACGUCAGUGUUUGGAUAUGACAGUGGACAAAUUAUUAGAACAAUUUGUACAAAGCAAAUAUACAGGUUUAGAGAAGCCAGGUAUGUUUGAAUAUGAAGAAGUCAUGACAAGUAUAGGAGAAAUGACCAGUCAUUCUCAAUCGGAAAGCAAUGUUGAAACACCUAAGGAAACAUCAAAAGGAGCCAAUGGAGAAACAGGCGUUGCUGGUAACACUCACAGUUCAAAAAAAGAUCAGGGAUUAAAGGGGGAGGGUUGUCAGGUGGAUGAGGAAAAGGGGAGGGUACAAGAAAAAGAAAAUGAAAGACUGAAUGAAAGGGAUAGAGAACUGUCACAUGCACAAGCCACCAAGGCUUCCCGCCGUACUACCUCGCUACUCAACCUGUUCAUGUCCAACUCCCAGGACAAACAGAAGCAAGCAGGGUCUGGUUCGGCACCUGCAACUCCUCAGGGGAACAACCUGCCUCCUGCUGUUCCACCUCCCAGCAUCUCCAGGAACCCUCUCAGAGGAUCUAAAUUGGUAACGCGUAUUAUGGUUCCUCCACUCUGCACUCUUUUAGAUCAGCAGUGGUUUCUUCGCAGCAGGAGAGAAAAAAGAAAGGAAAAGAAAGCGAAAAAGAAGAAGGAUAUUGUGGAAACGAGCAGCAACAAAGAAGAAAAGUCUGACCUGGAGGAUAAGGAUGACAGUAGAAAGUCUGAAACACCGACACCGGAAGUAGAUGAGGACGGUUUCUGUAUUAGACCGGAAGCAGAGCCGUGGGAGAAUGAGAAGGGAUUUUAUUCUAGCUCAGACAGCGAUUCUGAGGACGAGAGGGAACGAAAGAUCCGAGUGGAAAUAAAGCCACUUAGCAAUGGCGGAGCACCGAUGAGCGCCAGCGUGGAUGAGCUCAGGGCAACGGUGGAGAAUUUAUCCUUAUCGCCUGCACCAACGGGACGCAGAGGAUCAAAUACCGACUCAGAUCAUCAUAUGAAAAGGUCUCAGUCAGUGUCACAGCAAUUAGGAGGUAAGCCAAGCUCGGAUUUACUUGGCCUAAACUUGUUCAAUCCUAGCAGUACACCAUCGAGCGCCUCAACGCCGACUGGUAGUCAUCCGUACGCGCCAUUGCAAAGUCCUCCGCCACUGUCUUUGUCACCGACGCCUCAACCACAGCCGUCACAAUCCGCACCACCUACACACCUUCACUCGCGAUUCCCUGAUGGAGAUUUGUUCUCGGAAAUUGGAGACAUCACUCCGGCCUUACCCCCCAAGCAAUCCGCAUCUUCCACACCGACAGGAUCUAUUAUCAUUCCUAGACCACCGUCCCGAAGAGGAGAGGGUCCAUCGCCAAGGGGUAGAAUGUCACCAGCGACGAUAUCUAGAGCAGAUAGUGUUGCCAGCUUGGAAUUCCGUACAGCUGGUGUAGGAGUUGGCUCGUCCAGGGGACCGUCCCCACUCACGAUAGGACUAGCAGACACUAUUCCACUAGCGGUUGCCUUCCACGAGAUAGUACACUCUUUUUUUAGGGGCACCGAUGAGACACGGUGUCAGGUAAAGCUUAGCGGCGACAUGAUGCUAUCAUUCCCUGCUGGUAUCGUCGCCGUGCUGGCGAACAAUCCGAGUCCUGCGAAACUGACGUUUCGCGUGAGAAAUAGUAACAGAUUGGAAAAAUUGUUUCCUAAUAAUCAGCUCGUUAGCAUGGAUGCCACGCAGACAACUGUCGACAGUACAAUUUUUGAAUUCAACAUGAGUGCCUUAACUACGCUAUUACGCAAACAGGCUGAACAGAAUCCCUCGGCUUCGUAUUUUAACGUCGACAUACUCAAGUAUCAGAUCAAGUGCAAGGAGGGCGCUGGCUCUUGUCCUUUUCAGUUGGUUGCCUAUUGGAAGUGUGAAUCCACUCAUACCGAUCUCAAGAUUGAUUAUAAAUACAACAGUCGCGCCAUGGCUUCUCCGAGCCCAUUAUUGAACCUCCACGUGGCAGCGCCCAUAGAUGGAGGCUUCAAGUCUUUAAACAGUAAACCUCAGGCUCAAUGGUUACCAGACACGAAUCGGGUACUAUGGAAAUUCACGGAAUUGUCGCAGCAUAGUGAAGGGAACGGCGUGGGCUCUCUAAAGGCGAGAGUAGAGCUCGCACACGGGCCAGGAAGCCAAGGAACGAUAUUCACGCAAUUCAAUUGCGAAGGGACCACAUUAUCUGGAGUUGAAUUCGAGCUUCUAGGCCCGGGAUAUAGAUUAAGUUUAGUAAAGCGUAGAUUCGUAUCUGGGAAGUAUAUUUGCGACGGAGAUUCUGACUCACGGAGCAGAUACGCUGCUCCACCAUCGAAUGUAGAUUGACGACUUCCAGAAUGGGCACCUCAGUGGGAGAGCCUGCCCAUUUAAUAUUGGUACUUGCUUGUUCAUUCACUGCCCAUACCACGACUAAUGUCCGGUCAAACUCGAAAUCGGCGUGGGGAAGCCUGUUGGAUACCAAAGAACGUGUGCGAUACAAUAAUAAGGUUGUCUAGUAGACGAAUCAUUUGUACAGAGGCCGCUGCGUGAUAAAUCAAUGUAGCAGAAUGUAAAGUUUAUUCGUUUUACGAGUCAAAAAAAGAAAGAUCUUGAGUACGAGAAAGUGGCGAAGGGAGUAGAAAAUUUGUACCUUUGCGAAGAAGGUGAGAAAUACGCUAUAUACUAUACGAUACUAGGUGAAGAGAGGGAAAAAGAGAGCACUUGGACAGAAACUGUAACGAGAAACAUAGUUGGACUUCGUAAGUCACUCGCUACCUGAUGAAUGGCGUUCUAUGUGUUUUAUAACUUGUAUAUUUUUCAAUUUUUCUAUAUAUCCUCGAUUAGAUUGUACUAUUUUUAGCAAAGUUUGUACGUGAGAUGCGUAAACGAGAUGUAACAACAACUAAGACGACGACGAUAUACUACGACAUACGACGCUGACGGGAUGUGUAAUAGCCCUUUCUCGCAUAAAGCCUUUGGUGUCCAGCAUAUUUUUC